GGGGCUGGGCGUGCAGCGCCGGGCACCGCUAUCGGAUUUGGGAGGCCUCACAGUGAUCCUUGCCACCCACCCCACCUCGGAGACCCCACGGGACGAUGAACGUGCUGGCUCCGGUCCGCAGGGACCGGGUCAUCGCCGACCUGCCCUCGUGUUUUCGGAAGGAGGCCGCCCUGCAAACCCGCCCCGCCUUCCACCCCACAGUGGCCAGCGCCUGCCAGGAGCAGCGGACGGGCACUGUGGGGUUCAAGAUCUCCAAGAUCAUCGUGGUGGGCGACCUGUCGGUGGGGAAGACGUGCCUGAUCAACCGCUUUUGCAAGGACACAUUCGACAAGAACUACAAGGCGACCAUCGGGGUGGAUUUCGAGAUGGAGCGGUUUGAGGUGCUGGGGGUGCCCUUCAGCCUUCAGCUGUGGGACACGGCCGGCCAGGAGCGCUUCAAGUGCAUCGCCUCCACUUACUACAGGGGAGCACAAGCCAUUGUGAUCGUCUUCGAUGUCAAUGAUGUGGCGUCCCUGGAGCACACACGGCAGUGGUUGGCUGACGCUCUGAAGGAGAACGACCCCUCCAACGUGAUCCUCUUCUUGGUGGGCUCCAAGAAGGAUCUGAGUGUGAGUGUGUCCCCCUCCCCGUGGGCAAACUGCACCCUGGCUCAGCAGGGCUGUCCCUGUCACCCACUCCCCCCGGCUCUGUUGUCAGACACCAGCACAGUACAGCCUGAUGGAGAAGGACGCUCUCAAGGUGGCCCAGGAGAUGCAGGCGGAGUACUGGGCUGUCUCCUCGCUCACUGGUGGGUUCCAGGACGAGUGAGGGGAAUGCAGAUCCCGGCGUCCAGCCGGGUGAGGGGGCACUCAGGGGGUCUCAUCCUGCGGGGCAGGGGAGAACGUGCGGGAUUUCUUCUUCCGUGUGGCGGCCCUGACCUUCGAGAGCAGCGUGCUGGCCGAGCUGGAGCGCAGCCACACCCGCAGGAUCGGCGACACCGUGCGGAUCAGCAGCAAUGAGAGCGACCUGUACCUGUCGACACCCCGCAAAAAACCCAAGUGCUGCCAGUGAGGGGGCACCCCCUGCGCCCGCCAUGCUCACACCUAUGGACCAAAGAGGGGCAACCCUGGCCGGCCCCGAGGAGCCGUCCCUGCCACUUCCCAGCCCCCCUGGCCCCUUGCCUGCCCAGGCAUCCCCCUGGCCAGGGUGGGCAGGAGCACCCAUGCGGCUCCUGUAGCUAUGCAAACCCAGGUACUGCUCACAGGGGGAGAUGCCCUUUUGUCUUAAUAAAACGUUUUUUAUG